AUGACUUUAAAUCAUGAAUCUGAAAUUUUUAAUCAAGAAAUUGAUAAUGGAGAUGUCCAGCAACAAAAUUCAAAUGAAAUGCAUCAUCUCCCCGAUUUAAACAUCAAUGUAGCACAAAAUAUUGAUCUUAAUAUCAUUCCAAAUUCUCCACUGCAAUUUUCGUUUGACUUGAAUGUGCAACCAUUUGAUACAUGUUUGAAUGAAGAUGUCCAGGAGCAUAUUGAAAGUGAACAGUAUGAAGAAAAUUAUGCAGAAAAUAGCAAUGUACUACAUGAAGAUAUUGGAUUAGAAUCUACGGAAGAAGACAAUGACAAUGACAUGUCAGAUUUGGAAGUACUAGAGGUACGAAGGAGAAAGGUGUUGUCUAAUAUUGAAAGAAGAUUAAUAUAUGAGGCUUUAUUAGAGAAAAGUGUUGAUGGAAAAUUGAAAAGAGGAAUGACCAGCUUAGUGGCGUCGCAAUUUUCACUUCAUAUACGGUAUGUUCAACGUAUUUGGAAACUUGCCGAGAACAAAGGAGUGCAUGCUAAUGUGUCUAGUAAAAGGGCAGGAAAUUGUGGGCGCAAGAGAGUUCAAGUAGACCUUGAUCGAGUUCGUGACAUUCCUUUGAAAAAAAGAACAACUAUUAGAGAUCUUUCUGAAGCAUUGGACGUGAGUAGGGGCACUUUGUCAAGAUGUAUUCGGUCAAAAGAAAUACGAAAAAACUCAAAUGCUAUAAAACCUGCAUUAACGGAAGGAAAUAAGAAAGCUCGAUUACAAUUUUGCAUAUCAAUGCUUGAUAGUGCUAGCAUAGAUCAUGAUCCAAUUUUUAAGGGGAUGUAUACCACCGUUCACAUUGACGAGAAGUGGUUUUAUUUGAAAGAAAAGUCUAAGAAGUUUUACUUGGUCCAUGAUGAAGAAGAUCCAAUUUUCAGUUGUCAAAGCAAAAAUUACAUACCAAAAAUCAUGUUUUUAGUGGCCAUUGCUAGACCAAGAUUUGAUGCACAAGGAAAAGAAAUAUUCUCCGGGAAAAUUGGUGCAUUUCCCUUAAUAACAAGAGAGCCAGCUAGAAGGUCUAGUGUAAAUAGACCUGCUGGUACACUUGAGACAAAACCAAUACAAUCGAUUACUAGAAAUGUCAUCAAGAAAUGUGUGCUUGAGCAAGUUGUACCUUCCAUGAUGGAACUAUGGCCAAUUGAAGAAAGGGGUCAACCAAUAUUUAUUCAACAAGACAAUGCAAAAACACACAUUGAUUCUGAAGAUCAAGAUUUUCGUUGUGUAGCCUCACAAAAUGGAUUUGAUAUUCGUUUGGUGCGUCAACCACCAAACUCUCCUGAUUUAAAUGUUUUAGAUCUUGGUUUCUUUAGGUCAAUUCAAGCCUUACAACACAAGAAGUCUCCUAACUCUGUUGAUGAUCUUGUGGAUGCAGUUCAAAAGUUAUUUGAAGAGUAUGACACUAUCCUGUCAAAUCGUAUAUUUUUAUCACUUCAAUCAUGUAUGAUUGAAAUCAUGAAAGUAAAAGGUACCCACAACUACAAGAUUCCACAUAUGAAAAAAGAACAAUUAGAAAGAAGAAAGGAAUUGCCAACACAAAGGAAAUGUGAUAUUCAAUUGGUGCAAGAGGUUCUUAGUUAUUUAGAUCAAUAG